CCAACCUUCCAUCACCGUGUAAACCCGCGAGUGACAGUUCGGACGCGCAAACGUUUUGUUGUCGUUUUCGCUUUCGCAGCAAAACGUCAAAAAACGUAAACGAUGGCUGCCGGUCCGAUCGCGGAACGUAAUCAGGAUGCCACCAUUUACGUGGGUGGGCUCGACGACAAGGUCUCGGAGACGCUGCUGUGGGAGAUGUUUGUCCAGGCCGGUCCCGUCGUAAACGUGCACAUGCCCAAGGACCGAGUCACGCAGAUGCACCAGGGUUACGGGUUCGUGGAGUUCCUCGGCGAGGAGGACGCCGAUUACGCGAUCAAGAUUAUGAACAUGAUCAAGCUGUACGGCAAACCGAUCCGCGUGAAUAAGGCUUCGGCCCAUCAGAAGAAUCUGGACGUGGGUGCGAACAUUUUCAUCGGAAAUCUGGACCCGGAAGUGGACGAGAAGCUGCUGUACGACACGUUCUCGGCGUUCGGAGUGAUUCUGCAGACGCCGAAGAUUAUGCGCGAUCCGGAGACGGGCAAUUCCAAGGGCUUUGCGUUCAUCAACUUUGCCAGCUUCGAGGCGUCCGACGCGGCCAUGGAUGCCAUGAACGGACAGUACCUCUGCAAUCGACCGAUUUCCGUUUCGUACGCGUUCAAGAAGGAUUCCAAGGGAGAACGACACGGUUCCGCGGCGGAACGUCUCCUGGCCGCACAGAACCCGCUGUCCCACGCCGAUCGACCUCACCAGCUGUUUGCGGACGCACCGGUUCCACCUCCAAUCAUGCCGAUUAUUCCUUCUCAUCCAAUGAUGCCACCUCCCCUCAUGGCUCCGCCUCCUCCUCCAACACCGGCAGCCGUUCCGCCACCCCCACAAAUCCCGUCCCAGUUCAACCCGGGAGCGAUUCCACCACCUCCACUCCCUCCACCAAUCGGACAACCCCCGCUGCCCCCAUCCGGACCACCGAUGUCCAUUCCGGCGCCGCCCCGCAUGAUUCCACCUCCUCCGUGGCAACAGCCCGCCCCGCCACCACCCACGCCCCCCGCUAUGCCGGCCGGUGUCGGAGUGCCGCGGCCACCACCGCCAACGUGGCGACCUCCGCAGCCUCCCCUUCCGCCCCAGAUGCCACCCGGAGCGUUCCCCGGGCAGCCAAGGCUUCCGCCACCGCCGCCGACCAACUUCAGCGCGGACACGUUCAAUUUUUGAGCUCGGCUUUUUCGAAAUCGUACAAUUAUCGUGCAUUUAACAUCAAUAAAGAGGACCAUCGGGUGAA